GUUCAUUAUCGAAAUAGAAAAAACAACUCAUUAAACUACUUAGACAUCACUUUACACACGGACUACAGCAAACUUAUAACCAACUGGUUCCGCAAAGAAACAUGGUCAGGGAGAUAGGUGUAGCAAAAAACGGCGCUUAUACAUGCGAAGACGGAACAAGAUAUGUGGGUGACUGGAACAGUAAAGGUCUAAGGCACGGAAGUGGUUCCUUGCUUUUACUAGAUGGUUCCCGUUACGAUGGAGGUUUUCAAAAUGGAUUAUUUUCUAAAUUGGGUGUGCUUGUAUUUGCAGAUGGUGCUAAAUAUGAGGGAGAAUUUAUGCAGGGCUGGUUUCAUGGUUACGGAAUCUUUUGGAGAGCAGAUGGAAUGAAAUAUGAAGGAGAAUUUUGCGGCGGGCAAGUUCGGGGAUUAGGUUUGGUAACUUAUUCGGACAACACACAUGGCUUUCCACGUAAUGAAGGAUUUUUCCGAGACUGCAGAUUAAUUCGACGCAGGCGUUGCCCUGAAGUCGUGCAUAAAGCACAAAAGAUUGCCAUGCUAGCUCGCAACCAAAAGGAGCAACGCUAUUAAAAAUCAUUUAGAAAUGAAAUAUUGUUUAUGAAUAAACACAGCUUAUAUUUAGUAACAGCCAAAAUAAAUUUCUUCUGUCAACAGCAUGCGAAUACAUAUUAAUAGUAAGGGCACUUUUUUGUACAGGGAUUAUCAUACCCUAAAAAUUGUCCGAUUUUCACCGAGAGCGGCUCAAAUUGUAGAUCUUAGCAUGUAGAUGUGCGUUAAAAUAAAAUU